CUAUCUAUCUAUCUAUCUAUCUCUAUGGGUAUCUACCGGUAUCUAUCUAAUUAUCUCUAUCUUCUCAUAAUUUGAUACAGCAUGUUGAUUCUUCCUGUCGUUCUUCCAUCUCUAGUCCAAAACUAUUUUAGGCUGCCAAAUACCAGCCGUGCUACAGACGCAUCUUCUUCAUUGAGCUGAAGUGAAUCUCUGAGCAGGCUUCAGAGUAGGAACGUAGCAACAGUCUCUGGGAGAUGUGCAAACGAUGUGCAAAGUGUACGUAAGCAGCGAGGACAUAGAUCUUCACCAACCUUACUCUCAGCUUCGGGAGCCCAAGAGAGAGGAAACCUUUCCCGUUCUUUCUCGUCAAUAGAUGGAGACAUCUCGUGAGGGUGGAUCCUGAUGACGUCGUAACGAGGGAGGAGCAGAUCAUGUACCUGUUGGAAGCCAAGGCCCAGUGUGAAAGGAAUUUGCAAGAGAAGGGACCCCAAGUGCCAGAGGGGUUUUGUGCCCCCGAGUGGGACGGGGUCAUUUGCUGGCCGGAAGGGUCCCCGGGGAAGGUGGUCUCCAUACGCUGCCCAGAUUACAUCCAUGACUUCUACCAUGAGGGUUAUGCCCACCGGCAAUGUGACUUGAAUGGCAGCUGGGCAUUGGUGCCCAACCAGAAUGUCACCUGGGCAAAUUACACCGAGUGUACCAAGUUUCUCGUCCUUGAAACCAGACAAAACGAAGUAUUUCAUCGGCUUUAUCUGAUUUAUACGGUCGGUUAUUCUAUCUCGCUGGGAUCGCUGACGAUCGCGGUUAUGAUCUUAGCAUAUUUCCG